GUCGUGGGCUGUUGCUGUUGUUGUUGUUGUGGCCGCGCUUUGCUACUUAUGUUGAUGAUUGUUGGGGGUCCAAGCGCCGUUUGUGCGCCACACGUUCAUUCAGUCUGUGGACGACUUUGCGCCUGUACGUACCACUCACGCACCGUUACGUUACUGAGCGCGCACACACACUCGAACGCACACACACACACUCGACUACACACACACACAUGCACUGGAAGGCACACACGCAACACAUACAACAAUAUUAACGCGUGUGCAUUUUUGCAUUCCAUUGCCGGCGUGCGGCAAGCAGCAACAUUAAACAGCUGCAACUGCAACUGCAACCUGAACAAAAGUAUUCCAAAGAUUUCGCGCGCGCCUAUCUCAAGAAAUCGUCGCGUGUGGCUCAACAAACAUCGAACAUACAAUAAACAACAUCAAACAGCAAACAACAACAUCAACUUCAAACUGCAACUGCAUCUGCAGCUUCUUCUGUGUGUGAUUAAAAAGUGCAUCAAAGUGUUCAACUAAUUGCUCUUAAUCUCGGUCCGAUCGCAUAUCUCUCAGUUCUCUUAAUUUAAACUCAUGAAUUAAACUCUAAAGUGAUCCCUAAAUUCUAAACAUUACAAGUUUUCUCUAAACUGAAAAAUGAAUACAAAUAAAUGAUUGUUUAAGUAUUCACAAAAUAAACGAAAAUUUUUGAAAAGUGCAAUAGAACAACCUCAAAAUUUUGUGAAAAAAAAACUCAGAAAGGGACGGACGUAAAAGUCUUCAAUUGCAGCUAUAUAUCUACAAGACGGCGACGCACAUAAUGCGAGCGGGUCAGUGACAUGGCCGAGGGCUGCGAGGACUCCGCCGGCGCCACUGAAUCGACAACGUCACAGUAUAAGUUAGACAAGAUGCUGGGCACGGUGUUGCCCUGUGAGGCGUCUAUUGUUGCCACGCCUGGCAGCAGCAGCAGCAACAACAGCAGCAGCGGCAACGGCAGCGGCAGCAGCAACAUUGUGAAGCGGGAGUUUUGCGAUGGCAACAUAAUGCCAGGUGCUAGUGUUAACAACAACAACAGCGCCACCAGUAACAACAAUAACAAUAACAACAACAACAACAAUACCAAUACCAAAUUGCAAGCAUUGAUAUGCGCCGGCAGCAACAGCAGUAAUAACAACAAUAAUAACAACAGUAGCAAUAACAACAACAAUAGCAACAACAGCAACAACAGCAACAACAACAACAACAAUGCCAACAACAGCAGCAGCAGCUCAUCAUCCUCCUCCUCGUCGUGCUCAUCGGCAGCCGCUGCAGCUGCACCACCGCGGCGUCGUGCAACCCGCCAUGCCAACAAAUCACCCGGAUGCUCUCAAAGCGGCCCAUCGGCCCGGAUCAUGGGCAUGGGCAUCGGUGUCGGUGUCGCCCUCGGCAGUCAUGGGCGGACGUCAUCGCUGCCCAGUCGCUGCUCCCCGGCAGCUGUUGCGGCACAGUCGCCAUGUGAAGGUGCCACGCCCGCAUCGCCGCCAUCCGUCUCCUCCAACAGCUCGUCGCAUGUGCUGGCGCUCAACAUCAAAACCGAGUCGGACUACGACAAAGAGAUCAGCUGCCACAAGAUUCACUCGCCCAGCAGCAGCAGCCACUCUCACUCCCACCACCCCCAGCAACAGCAACACCAGCAUCAGCACCAGCACCACCAACACCACCAGCACCAACACCACCUCCAUCACAACCACAGCAACAAUAACGACGAUGACAUGGAGCCAACGUUGCUCUCACCCGCCCAUUCCAAUCACUCAGCCUACGACUCGAAGGAUCAUGUCAAAGAGUUGGAGUUCUAUAAGAAUCUGGCAGCAAAAGCUGCCUCCUUGGCCAAUCACCAGCGUGACACGAACUCUGCCUCCCCCCUGCCCAUGCAAAUCGAUGCGGACGAGGACGAUGCGGAGGAUCAGGCGGCCGAGGCACUGCGUCUACGACACGAGGAACAGGCGCAGGCCAAAGCAUUUGCGGCACAUCUAAAUGGAACUAUGCAAGACAUGAUAAAUUUGCAAAAAUUACAAAAUUUGGCCACACUGCAACAACAGCAGCAACACCAGCAGCAGCAGCAGCAACAUCAGCAGCAACAUCAGCAGCAACAGCAACAACAUCCGCAUUCACAUCAUUCCCAUCAUCAUCCCGCCACGGCUGCCGCACUGGCAAGUCUUCAGGGCUUAGCCGCCUCCGUGUUCAACUCGCCAUUGAAUUUGAGCGUUGGCGCCGAGGCUGUGACAACAACAGCAGCAACAGUAGCUGGAGUCACCUCAACCAACUGCCACAAUGGCAACAAGCACAAGACGUCAAAGGGCAACAGCAACAGCAGCUCAGCCGGCAACUCCGCCAGCCAACAACAGCCGCAGGAUAAUCCCAGCAGCAGCAGCUCACCACAUGCCCACGCCCACGGCCACGGCCACGCCCUCAACGCCACGACCCUCGCCAAUGUGCUCGCUGCGGCGACCGCAUCGCCACCGCCAGCGCUCCAAGCGCCGCCGGCAAGCGCCCAGAUGCCGCAACUGAUACUUGCCUCCGGCCAACUGGUGCAGGGUGUCCAGGGAGCCCAGCUGCUCAUACCCACGGCCCAAGGCAUUGCAGUGCAGACGAUUCUCACCAUUCCUGUGAGUCCACAAAUUCCCACCAGCGAGCAGUUUCUGCCCAGUGCAUUUGGCGCCUUUGCCAGCUAUCAGCAGCAACAACAACAACAGCAGCAGCAACAGCAGCAACAACAGCAGCAGCAGCAACAACGUGAAUUGUUGGCUCCGCCGGCGUUGCCACAAUUGGCACAGACACCCACGAAUUUACUGAAGCCCAAUCUGUUCUCGACGGGCGUGCAGCAGCUGCUGACGGCGCUGCAUCCGGAGCUGUUCGCAGCUGCCGCAGCGAAUCACCAGCAGCAGCAGCGCGAGAGGGAGCGGGAGCGGGAGCAGCAGCAACAACAACUGGCAGCAGCAGCAGCCGCCGCUGCCGCAGCGAGUCACCUGCCACACGCUCACCUGGCCGCGGAUCUGCGACGCUCAGCGGAACGCACGCCGCCAGCUGGCUCGCCCACCGUGGGCAGUCCGGCAUUGCCGGCGAAGCAGCCACCGCCGCCGCCGCCGCCGGGUGCAGCAUUCCUGCUGCAGCAGCAGCUGCACAUCAAGCCGGUGCAGACGCAUCUGCAUCAUCACCUGCACAGCACGGCACAGGUGGCAGUGGCAGCGACGACAGGAUCAGCACAUCCGCAGAUCAGUUUGCGGCAUCCGGAUGAGCUGACGGCGCCGCAGCUGGACCUGAAGCCCCUGGAGCUGAGCAGCAGCAGCAGCAGCGUCUCACCGCCAUCCGCUGCCCUGGCGCGUCAUCACUUCGGGCACAGCUUGCGCGGCACGGCAACGGCAACGGCAACGUCCUCGCCCAAGCACAGUCCGGGACGCGGCACGUCCGGCUCGGCGGGCAUGAAUCUCAGCCAGCAUCACGAGCGACUCGAGCGUCUCGAGCGACACGAGCGACGCUCGCACACACCAACGGCGACGGCCACGAGGGGGGGAGGUGGUACUGGCAGUGUGGCAGUGCAUCAUCUGCCGCAUGAGCGGGCAGCUGGCAGUGUGACACCCACAACAGCGGCUCCAGCAGCUGCCAGCAGCGGCAGCAACGACAGAGGCUACUCAUCUCCACUCUUCCGCACCCACUCGCCACUGCCCACUGUGCACGCCCUCAACAUGGGCGGCUCACCACGCCUGGAGCGCGACUAUCUGGGCAAUGGGCCAAGUCUGAGUGGUGGCGCCAGUGCUGCCUCUGCUGCUGCAUCCAGCUGUGCGGCGGCUGCAGCGGCGUCCAGUUCCACGGCCAAUGUACUUAGCAGCAUCAAUAGACUCAAUGCCUCCAAUGGCGAGCUGACCAUUACCAAAUCCCUGGGUCCACCAACGGCAACUGCCACGCGUGCAUCCUCCGCCUCGCCGCGCGAUGACUCACCCGUGCCGGGUCCGUCGUCAUCGGGUGCUUCUCUGCUGCAGCCCCUCAAGCUGAGCCCCUCCUCAAGGAGCGAGCCGCCGCAGCUGUCACCCAAUGGCAAUGACAACGACAACGACCUGCUCAUGGAUUCACCGAAUGAACCCACCAUUAAUCAGGCAACCACAAAUGUGGUCGAUGGCAUUGACCUGGAUGAGAUCAAGGAGUUUGCCAAGGCAUUCAAGCUGAGACGCCUCUCACUGGGCCUCACCCAGACCCAGGUGGGACAGGCUCUAUCGGUAACCGAGGGACCCGCCUACAGUCAGAGUGCCAUAUGCAGUGCACUCGCUGCGCAGAUGUAUGCCGCUCAACUGUCGACGCAACAACAGAACAUGUUCGAGAAACUGGACAUCACACCAAAGAGUGCACAGAAAAUCAAGCCCGUCCUCGAGCGCUGGAUGAAGGAGGCCGAAGAGAGUCACUGGAACCGUUACAAGUCGGGACAAAACCAUCUCACCGACUACAUAGGCGUUGAGCCGUCGAAGAAGCGCAAGCGUCGAACCUCAUUCACUCCUCAGGCUCUGGAACUGCUGAAUGCCCACUUCGAGCGGAAUACGCAUCCAUCGGGCACCGAAAUCACCGGUCUGGCACAUCAGCUCGGUUACGAACGGGAGGUGAUAAGGAUUUGGUUCUGCAACAAGCGGCAAGCACUCAAGAACACCGUGCGAAUGAUGUCCAAGGGCAUGGUCUAGUAGGGCGUGUACAUAGAGAGGCGUGGCAGGAGUCACUGUAUAUAGUUUGUGUGUAUUAUGUGAUAGUUUUAAACAUUUAGCGUUUAGAGUCUAGGCCAUGUAAAGUAAAAGGUGUGUCAUAGCAUUUACAAUGAGUACGUCUGAGUGUAUCAGCAUACGUGUGUGUCCCCUAAAUAAUAUUAAUAAUAUAUAUGUAAUAUUAACUAUUUACGACUAAUACUAUAAUUAAAAUUAACCAUAUCCCAAAUAGCCUAAAAGUAGUCUAAAGUCGAAUGUCUCUAGGCGCAGACUUGUGCAGUUUUUAGGGCCCAUUUUAUGAUAUCGAUGUGCCAUUCCCAAAAAAACAAAAUAGAAAAGAAAAAGCAAAAAACGAUAGAAAAGUACUUUAAAAUUAAUCAUAUUCAAGAAAUACAUAACAAAUUCAUAACUAAAAAUUACAUUUAAAAACUUAUAUGGUUAAGCGGAAAACCAAAACGGCAAAACAAAUGACACAAUUAAGAAAUUCAUGAUGAAAUUUAAGCGAUGAUUAAAAAUAUUUGCAUUUAAUGCGUUGGCUAUAUUUAAAAUAACAUGUAUACUAAACUGUAUUUUAUUUAAACAAUUUAUAAACAAAUUAUUAACUCUAGCAAUUAACAAUUCUCAUUUGGCCAUCAAAAAAACUACCUUCCCCUCCCUCAAAGAAUCUAUGGCAACGCACUAAAAAUUUAGAAUAAGCUAAUUUGUCUAGCAAUUUAACUGAUGGAAUGAGAAAAA